AUGCAGCAAAAAGCGCUACAGACACAGCCACCCCCCGAUGAACCACUCCAGGUGCGCUGGGUAGAAGCCUACUUCCCCUUUACUUCACCCAGCUGGGAGCUUGAGGUAUUUUGGCAAGGAGACUGGCUCGAAGUUCUAGGUUGCGGCGUCGUUUCACAACCUAUUCUCGAUAAUGCUUCAGUGCCGAACCGCGUUGGCUGGGCCUUUGGCAUCGGUCUCGAGCGCAUCGCCAUGCUUCUCUAUUCGAUCCCUGACAUCCGUCUCUUUUGGUCCAAGGACACGCGCUUCCUAUCCCAAUUCAGCGAAAGCCAGCCUAUCAGACGCUUCGUGCCUUUUAGCAAGUACCCAGCGUGCUUCAAGGACGUAAGUUUCUGGCUGCGCAGCAGCUCUAGUGCAGCUGGUGGCGCCUCUCCAAUUCACCCGCCGGCACCUCCUGCCUCGCAGCACCAAAGUCAAUUUCCAAACCCGGAUGCCAUCGCAAACGAUCGCGCACAUGCUGCAUCCUGGACACAAGCUAGCGCAGCCACUGCGUCGACAUUCACAGGAACGACAUCGACAUCGGCACUCUCCGCCUCGCCAUCCGUGUCUAGUGCAGAAGGUGCGAACAGCGAUAAGAAUACCAAGCCGAUUCCGAUGCCGGCUGCACCCGCACCAGCAACCCCAGCAAUCUGCUUCCACGAAAACGACGUGAUGGAAAUCGCACGUGAGGUCUGCGGCGACUUAGUAGAGGACGUGCGCCUCACGGAUGAGUUCAUCCACCCCAAAACUGGCCGCAAAUCCCUGUGCUAUCGUAUCAACUACCGGAGUUUGGAGCGCACCCUAACCAACGAAGAGACUAAUGACCUGCAUGAGAGGUUGCGCAAGCUACUAGUUGACAGGCUGGGCGUCGAGCUACGUUAG